AUGGCGUUCUUCAAUUUUGGUAGAAACGAAGGUUUUCCGGCGCGGUAUCAAUCGAACGAAACUCCGGUGAUUCUUGAUGUAACGGAAACGAUCUUUAUUUCAGUUUUUGUUGUCAUAGGUAUCGCUUAUGCGAGUGUUAUACCUGGUUACCGUAAGAAACAGAGCAUUUAUAUGUGCGUGAAAGUGGUACUUAGCAUAACAAUAGGAUGUUUGUUAAUCGUGAAUAAUUUCGGACAAGAAUGGGAGGUGAGCAGCGUGAAAACUAGAACUCCUUACCGAGCUGGCAAUAAGCACGAGAUCGAUGCUGCGAUUGGCGUGAAAAUAGGCUUGCGGUCGGUGAAUGUCACUUUGCAAGGUAAGGGAGAAGAGGGAACAUCGCUUGCGAAAGAAACUAUCAACUACAAUGAAAGAUUUUGGUGGACCUGGGACCAGGGCAAAUUUGGAUUUGGCCCAGACGCUGGGCUUUUGCAAAGAAAUUUUCGAGCUGCUCAAAGGAAAGGUCUACCAAUUCCAAUUCUUUGGGUUGUCGAAUAUUUCAUUAUUGACGGAGAAGGAAUUCGAUUUGGUAGAUACUAUCGUACCGCUGGAUGGUAUUGUCACAUUCUACUGUGGAUAGCAUUCGCCGGAUGGAUCCUGGCCAAUAUAUUUUUACAAUCCGUGGGACGAUACGCGGCAUAUUUAAUUGGAACAACUGGUGGCUUGCAAAUACUAACUUGCAUCGUAUGGUGUAUUAUUCAUAAUCCGACGCCUCUUAUAAUACCUUUCGAGAAUGGUAUGAUCCGAUUAUAUUUUGGUCGACACUUCUGGAUGACUCUUAGUUGCGGUCUGCUAUGUAUAUUUAUAGCUGCAAUAUUAAUAUUCAUGGACCUUCGACAUCCGAAUGAAUUGUCCACAUUUUUGGGAACAAAUCCCUUAAAUCAGUACGAUGAAUGUGUAAUACAAUGUACCGACUUAGAAAAUAUUAUGCGAAACAAAGGAAAAACCGACAGGGGACUGGAAAUGACUGCAGUUUCCGAUAGAUCAAAUAGCACUUCCAGCAAAAGUGUAAGUGUACUAAAGAGGAGGACAAGUAUGCAAAAUGUGCAAAAAGUGCUUUUUCGCUGUCCUGUACCAGUGAAUGUCCAAAGUGAAGAGGAAGAUGAAGCAGUGUAUAUAAACGACUUGCUCAGGCCAUCGACUUCAUUUAUCGAAAACCAUAGCAAGGAUGAGGUUUCCAAACCACCAGCAGUACCAAAAAAAACGAAAGGCAUGAAUGUGAUAGUUUGA